UCAUUGGGAGCUGCGCGCGGUGCUUGGAGGUUCGGCGAAGUCCGUUAAAUCUUAAUAUACUUAUCAGUUCAAGGCAUAGUUUAGAGGUUUAUCAACGUUUAUCAACGUUAAGGGUUCGUACACAUACGUGUUAUAUCUAUACAUACACACAUGACGACAGAAGGAGCCGGAAGAUGAACCUUCACGGACUACCAGCGCUUGUUUAUGGAGAUGUUUUGACUGGCGACACCCUGAGCAUGACCAGGAGGACGACUGGGAAUGCUCCUUCUACCUUGGCUUUCCCAAAGUCCAAGUCCUCUCUGUGGGAUCCGAGCCCAUCUGGGGACGCGGUCGGUCUUCAGCUCUGCUACUACAGGUGCCCUCACCUGCGGGUGUUGGAGAAGGCUCUCCGUCUGGCCCACCGCCACGCCCACCAGAGGAGUAACCCCGCCCACCAGAGGAGUAAACCCGCCCACCAGAGGAGUAACCCCGCCCACCAGAGGAGUAACCCCGCCCUCUGCUGCUUCCUGCUGGGCUCCAUCUGCGUGGAUGAAGAUGAGGAGGGCGUGACCCUGUCCCUGGACCGCUUUGACCCGGGUCGUGAACAGGGUGGUGUCCGGGUUCCCUCCCUCCUGCUGCCGGGGGACGUGGCGGUCCCUCUAGAGUUUACCCUCCAGGGAGACCCGGAGCCCAGCCCCUUAGACCUCAGCCUCGCCUUCCAGGGCCUGCAGCAGGCCUGUAGGGGUGCUGAGGUGGCGGACCUGUCCCAGCUGCUGGGGGUCAGAGGUCAGGUCAGCUGUUCCCAGCAGGGCGACCGCCUGGACUUCUCGCUGCGCUGGUUAGCAGCGAGCUGCGCCGGAGGCUUCGAUGUGGUGGGGGUCCGACCCCUCGCCAUCAUCCCCACCGCUCUGGCCCGCAGCCUGAGUGGCCUCCCUGGCCCCUCCAGCCCAGUCCCCCCACGACCCGGCCCCUCCAGAACCGGCCUCUCCAGACCCGGCCUCAAGCAGCAGCGAGGGUUCCUGACCAUGGACCAGACCCGUAAACUACUGCUGCUGCUGGAGUCCGAUCCGAAGGCCUGCAGCCUGCCCCUGGUGGGAGUGUGGCUGAGUGGAGUGGUCCAGCCGUCCAACCCCCUGGUGUGGGCCUGGUGUCUCCGCUUCUCCCACAGCUCAUCUCUCCAGGACAGGGUGCUCUCGGAGCAGGGCUGGUUCUUACUGGUGCUGUUCUCUCCCAGUCAGCCCCGGUUCUUCCAGGUCCGCUCUGCUGAGUCCGGACCCACGGCCGUCCUGCGUCUGAGCUGCUCCCAGCACCUCACCCUGUUCAAGCAUUUGGAGCCAGCAGAGGGCCACUACCUCCAGGCUGAUCUCUGCCUCGAUGAGACCAGGCAGACGGAGCUGGUCCAUGGCCCCGCCGCCCGCCCUCUGUCCAGCCUCCUGGGAGCCACGCUGGACCAGGACUCUGGGGUAGAGGAUGAAGACCUCUCUCCCCGCCCCUCUCCCAGCCCCCACGCGGCCACCCAGCAGACCAGAAGAGUUCAGCCCUCCGUCCCCGAGCUGUCCCUGCUGGUGGACGCCUCCCUCCCCCCGACCCCCCAGCCCCCCUCCAGGAGGAGCUCCGGGCCGCUGGGCCCCCCCUACCUCCACUCCACCCCGGCCGCCCCUCUCAGCCGGGCCUCCGCAGGCUUCUGGACCGCCAAGACCCCGCCCACACUCAUCCUCCUCCAUCCUGAGCGCGGCUCCACCCCUCCUGGGCCCCCCCCCCCCCCCUGCCCUGCUCCUGUCUCCAGGCGGGACGGCCGCCGUGGGAGGAGGUGCCCUCCGACGGGCCAGUCUGUUCUGGAGGUCCAGCCCACCGCCCAGAGACCGGACCCGAGGGGACCGGACUUCCUCUCCUCUAAGAGACUGCUGCAGGUGAGCAGUCGGCUUCAGGCCUCGCUGAGCGACCCGGAGUCCCCAAUACCUUCCUCACCGUCAUCAUCUUCAUCAUCGCUACCCUAUGGUGACCACGCCCACUCCUACAGGAAACAGGAAGUCCAUGCCCGCUCCUACAGGAAACAGGAAGUCCAUGCCCGCUCCUACAGGAAGCAGGACAUGUCUGGGGGAGAUGAGGAGCAGCUGGGGGUCACUUUGGACCCCCGACCCGACCUCAACACCGAAGACAGGGUGGCCCCGACCCCAACGAACCCCCCCAGCCUGGCCCGGACCCCCAUGGACCCCCCCAGCCUGUCCCGGACCCCCAUGGACCCCCCCAGCCUGUCCCGGACCCCCAUGGACCCCCCCAGCCUGGCCCGGACCCCCAUGGACCCCCCCAGCCUGGCCCGGACCCCCAUGGACCCCCCCAGCCUGGCCCGGACCCCCAUGGACCCCCCCAGCCUGGCCCGGACCCCCAUGGACCCCCCCAGCCUGGCCCGGACCCCCAUGGACCCCCCCAGCCUGGCCCGGACCCCCAGAGACCCCCUGCUCCCGGGGGGGUCCGUGGACCUCAGCCUGGCCCCCCUGCUCCCCGGGGGGUCCGUGGACCUCAGCCUGGCCCCCCUGCUCCCGGGGGGGUCCGUGGACCUCAGCCUGGCCCCCCUGCUCCCCGGGGGGUCCAUGGACCUCAGCCUGGCCCCCCUGCUCCUGGGGGGGUCCGUGGACCUCAGCCUGGAGGCCAACGCCAUCGCUCUGCGCUACCUGAGUGACGGACAGCUGUCCAGACUGUCAGCAGGCGUCCGGGGCAGCAGGGCGGACCGCAGCGUCCUGCUGCCCAGCAACAUGUCCCUGGCCACGCGGGGCUACAUGAGGAGGUACGGCCUGAUAGAGGAGGAGCAGGAGGAGGAGGAGGAGGAGGAGGAGGAGCAGUGUGACGGCCUCCCCUGCGCCACACUUGGUACAGGGUCCAGUCUCCCCCAGAGCCAGCUAAUCAGGGACCUGCAGCCCCAGCUUCAUCUCCUGGCCCGGUCCAGCAGGACCCAGGACCAGGACCAGGGGGCCGUCUGGCAGGAGGCCUCCCUGGCCGCAGGCUCUGUGGGGAACUUUCUGGAUGUUAGCAGACUCCGACAGCUGCCCAAACUCUUCUAGAUUAACCAGCUCAACUAGCCACAUAGACUGACCCGUACCCCACCAGUAUGGCCGUAAACCACCCAGACUAACCCUUACCCCACUCGUGUAGUGUUUUAACACCGACCCACUGAGCGCUGGUCCUCCAGGUCCAGGUCCUGGUCCAGGUCCAGGUCCUGGUCCUGGUCCUCUUACCCUGAACAUGUCCUUCUGGUUCCAGAUGAAACCAGAUCACGCUCUAUA